GAACGUGACCAUACGGACCUGCAUGCUCAACCCACAGACACCAUUCAUGACGUUCUACCGGGAUGCUAAAGACUGGUGGCUGUUUGGGUUCUAUUUCUGUGUUCCGUUGGCGUGUUCUGCCGUGUUCUACACUCUGAUGACAUGUGAGAUGUUACAUCACAGGAAUGGAUCCCUCCGCAUCGCGCUCAGCGAACACCUCAAACAGCGUCGGGAGGUAGCCAAAGCAGUGUUCUGCCUGGUCCUGAUCUUCGCUCUGUGCUGGUUUCCCCUGCACCUCAGCAGGAUACUGAAGAAGAUGGUUUACAUGCCUCAUGACGCCAGACGCUGUGAACUGCUCAAUUUCCUAUUGGUCCUGGACUACUUCAGUAUUAACCUGGCCACAGUCAACUCCUGCAUCAACCCCAUCAUACUCUACUUCGUCAGCAAGAAGUUCAAAAACUGCUUCAAGUCAUGUCUGUGUUGUUGGUGUGACUCCAGUUUCCUGAUCAACAGUAUGGUACCUCUGAACCUCAAUGGAACCAGCCAGCAGAAUAAGAACCCUGAUCAACAGUUUGGUACCUCUGAACCUCAAUGGAACCAGCCAGCAGAAUAAGAACCCUGAUCAACAGUUUGGUACCUCUGAACCUCAAUGGAACCAGCCAGCAGAAUAAGAACCCUGAUCAACAGUUUGGUACCUCUGAACCUCAAUGGAACCAGCCAUGCAGAAUAAGAACCCUGAUCAACAGUUUGGUACCUCUGAACCUCAAUGGAACCAGCCAUGCAGAAUAAGAACCCUGAUCAACAGUUUGGUACCUCUGAACCUCAAUGGAACCAGCCAUGCAGAAUAAGAACCCCAUAAUGACAAAGCAAAAACUGUUUUGUAGAAAAUGUUGCUAAUUUAAUACAAAAUAAAUAACUGAAAUAUCCCAUUUA